CCUGUGACAGAAGUGCAGGAAUUGACGGGUCAAGUACUGGAAAAGUUGUAUGAAAUGCAUAAGAAUGGAUUUGCACAUCGUAAUUUGAAGCCUGCGCUACCGGAUGUUUGGUGGGUAAAACUGGCCGACUUUGGCAUUAGUAAACGCGCAGCAGACGGAAAUGGCUCUUGA